GUAUAAGACAAUGAUACAGUUACACGAUGCUCUCAGUUGUGAGCCAAUCGCAAGAGGCACGACUUAAGGGGCCCGUACGCGAAAGUAUAAUGAACCGCGGCAAGGACGACGACACGCUAGUUACGCCCGGUCCGUUAAUUAAAGGAACGAACGCUCGUUAAUAUUGCCGGAAGAAGACCAGAGGGAUAGACCGCUCGCGCGGACCGGUCUUCACUUCGCCGCGGGAUUUCGAUCAAGUCAGUGAUCCAGUGUGUGAACAGGAAUCUCUCUCAUAGUGAUCCAUAAAUCAGUCUCUGUGUAGAAAGGCAGAAAAAAUUGUUUUCAUACGACGAGAAUUAUUUCACGCGUUCGCGUUACGUGUACGCCGACCGUAUUUCUUGAAAUACGGCUUGUAAACGUCGUUGGCAAGGUUCUCGUUGACAAUUACCUUCGUAAUCGCGGCGAUCGCUCAUCGUGUAUGCGUAUCUUCCGUCGAAUGGACACUCUUUCAGGGACGUCUCGUGCGAAUGAACCGUGAUUCAUAGAUCGCGGAUAGAAUAGAACGCCAGAUAACGGCUAGAAAGCAUUAACUAAAGCGUUCACGUGUGUACUAAUGAGGAUUGGAAGAGUAAGUCGGGAUUGUAAUUGAAACGUAAAUACACUUUCUGUUAUGUUUUUAUCGAGAAUAAAUUAGGCGAAACAUGUCAUAAUAACAUAGAAUAAUGAGAGUCAUUUCUAUGAAAACUGCGAAAACAGAAAGUCGCAUGCACGAUGUGAAAGUGAAGUAAGGUAUCCUUAAAACGUGAAGAAUUUAUUAACGAUGGGACAUCAGGAGGGAUUUCUCAUUUUUCUCAUCUGUUUCCUGCGAUCCUGUCAAUGGUCGCGCUCGAUUGGUCUCACGAUUGACAAUCAACUUGUAAUCGUCGCGAAUGAUUGUUACACGAGAAUAGCCAUCGGAGCCAAAUUGCCGGACAUGGAUAUCUUUUCCAACGUCGCGGUCGCUAGCAUUUCAGAAUGCGAGGACGAGUGCUCGAAAAGGAGAAAUUCCUGCAACGCAUUCGCUUUCGGGAUUGGCAUGAAGGGUAACGGAACAUGUGCGUUGAGUGCGAAAAUGCCGAAGCCUGAAGACCUACAAAGUCACGCUGAUUACGAUGUCUAUUUACGGAGUCAACGUUCGCCACACUGCGAGCCAGAUCGACUUUACAAGAUGGGAAACGGUAACAUCGGACAAGAAAGAAGAAAUGAGACGGUGCCGACUACAACGUUCCGAAGCGGCUUUUUGGACUCGCCAAAUAUCCUGUCAUCACCAAGAACCGUGGGGAAUAUGAUGCCUGUCAAUGGCCCUUCGUAUCAACGAGGAUAUAUGCCUUCUUUCGAUGAUGAGCGCCGGAUCAUCGAUAUCGUUAGAAAUAGAAAUCCGAUGCCACCGACCAGCAAUCCUUUUGGAACUAACAACGCGAAAGUCGAUAACAACAAUGAUCCAUCAAUACAUUCAAACUGGAGGCCGGUCUUCGGUCAACGAACACAUUCAGAUCCGAAGUACAGUCGUCCAAAUUUUCCAUCCAAAUCUUUCCACAAUCCUUUCACCGGUAUCAAUCAUCUGAAUUUUGGAUCAAACUUUGAAGACAACGAUCUUCAUUCGUAUAAGGCCCUCACCGUUCAUAACGGUCCCUUCGAGGUUUUCUCGAGACCCAUCUUCGUCUAUGAUAAAGCCACCCAAAACAAAUCUCCGACGGAUCUCGGAUUUUGGAACGAUCGCGAUACAACGAAAGAUCACAUCACGAAUCAUCUUGAUCAUCAGCAUCGGCAUCAAGAAUUCUUCAAUAGCGUGUACAAAAGUCCAGGAAUUAUCACGAGACCGAGCCAGAACGAGUUAGUCGGUGGAAAUUAUGAUUUUCGCAAAAUCUCGUCCCGUCCAGCUAUCAGCAAUUCUUACGGCUUCGAAAUCAAUGACGCAAGAAUCUCAAACGGAGGGUUCAAGGAUACUUCCGAGCUCUGGAAUCCAGAACUGUCGACGAUGUUUCGCGGCUUCGGCACGAGAAUCACCGAAAAGUCGAGAUCGUGCUACAGAAGACUACUGUCCGGCAAGAAAUGCUUGGAUCUGCACGUCAGACGUGCCAUGGAAUGCGAAAAACUCGAGGACUGCCAUCGCGCUUGCGACUAUGAGAAACGUUUCACUUGCGAGGGCUUCAAUUAUAGACGCACUGGACAUGGAACGAGGGGAAUGUGCGAGAUGACAUCGGUACCUUAUUCUCGUAUGGAUUUCCAUCGGGACUUCGAGUCGGAUCCUCAAUACGAUUAUUACGAGAAGGAUCCGAAUUGCGUGAUAAACACGCCUGAGGCGCGACCAUCCUGGUGGAACCAACCGUCCAGACCUGGUCAAUCCUACGGUCAACCUUAUUAUCCCAAAAGGCCAGAUACAAGACCCUACGCACCGGAUCGACGCCUAAACGAAGUGCCACGGCCACUGGAUUACGAUCGACGGCCCUUGAAGGAAAUUCCACGACCGAUCGAUUUCGAUCGGCGUCCUUUGAACGAGAUUCCACGGCCUUUGGAUCACAGACCUGCGGACCAAGAUCGGCGGCCACCAAUUGCCUACGGAUAUCCUCAUCGCGGACUGUAUGACGACGCGUUUGAUCGAAGAGAUUAUCCCGAUUCAAUACGGGGUGGAUAUCCGGCAACGAGAUCGGAAGAUCGAUUUGUCUAUAGUAUCCAAUUUCCGUCCAGACGACCAACCGACGACGAUUUUUAUAAUAACAGGAACCCAUGGGCGCGAUAUCCGAAUAGAAGGAUCGAUCAUGACAUAGGCACGAACGAAAUCGGCUCGUAUUUGCCAGAUUAUCGAAAGGAUCGCGACUGGGGUUCUUACGGCACCGUUUACGGCGGCUCUUACGGCUACGACACGAAUUACGUGGGGAAGUUUGACGUGCCGAAGUAUUAUCCGAAAUCGCAGCCUAAACCAUCGCGUCCCUACGACAGCGAUCAAUUCUACGGCGAGUUUUACAAUUACGGCGGCGCGUUCGGAUACGGUGACAAUUACAUACCGGCCAGCCAGGAUUCGCUUUACGGCGGAACCGGAAGAAGCGAGGAGUGCUCCGUUCGGGCUGGCGCGGGAUUCAGGCUCAGCAGAGGAGUCGUUCGGAAGACGUAUCUGACGGCAAAUCUGGAUCAGUGCGAGAGCCUGUGCAUCAGCGAGAAGAGCUACGACUGCAUGAGUUUUAGCUACAGAUAUAAUGUAGCACCAACGGACCCUACGGACAAUUGUCUUCUCAGCGACAUUUCAUACAAAGAUCUGAAUUUUUACAUUGACCUCGAGCCGGAUCGUGAUUACGAUAUUUACGCCAUGAUCGCCAAUUCAAGAACAUGCACGAGAAAAGAACCGAGCUCGCAUCCUCCAGAUGAGUGUUUUUGGAGAGUCAGGAGUGGAUUUGGAAUGCCCACGGACGUCGUUAGAAAAUCGCUAUUAGCCGACAAUCUAGGAGCGUGUCAGGCAGAAUGCAUGACAAUGCAAGAUUUUAUGUGUAGAAGUUUCGCGUUCAAAUACGGACAGGAACAAGGACGAUCAGAUCUAAUUAACUGUUACCUAAGCGAUUGGCAGUCGCAAGAUAUCAACCCUGCCCAAAUGCCGGACAUGGACGGUGCGGAAUUAUACGAAAGAGGCAGUUUUGGCAGAGGGUGCGAGCCUUACGCAAUACCGUUUUUUAAUAUGGAACGGCUCAAUGGCAAGCAAUCUUCGCAAGGAGACGACGUAUGCUAUGCUGGAUACAACAAGCCGUGCAAAUUGACACCGUAUGCCAUUCUCUUGGCAACGUAUGUGAAUUCGGAACAAGAUUGUCGACAAAAAUGUUCGAAAAUGAGAGAAACCGAUACCACUCCUUGCAUGUCCUACAGUUACAAGCUUACUACGCAUGGCACAGAAGAGAAUUGUUUACUCAGUGACGUACCUAUAAGGGACUUGCGACCGGGUAUGGACUAUACCCACGACGACGAUCACGUUCUUUACGCAUGGAAGGACCUCGAUCCUUACUGUAUGGUCACUGGUCAUUCGCUCGACGACGAUCACGUGUUUGGCGGACAGUCGAAGCCACUGCUUCCGGAUUAUUCACGGCCCGAUUUUAGUUCCGGCCGAUACCCGACUACGAGACCCGAUAAUACUUAUCUCGAGCCAAGACCUUUCUUUACGAAACCGGGCGGUUAUGACGUGAGACCGUUCGAUCCCGAUAGACCUGAUCCUGCUAGACCGUAUUUUUCUGGCGGUUACGGACACGGCGACGACAAAUUCGGAUACGGAAUUCGUCCCGGUGGUUUCGGAUCUUUCUCCCCUGAUGAAUACUCGACCUUCCGUUAUUACACGGUAAACGGUUAUCCAUGCAAGAGAGGCACGAAAUGCGAAAAGAAUAAAAUCGUUGGAUUUUGGACCUGCGAGACUGAAGGAGACGCAUACGACAGCUGGGACUAUUGUUGCGCGCCGACUCAUCAUUGCGGUUUCUCGCAAGGAUAUCAUUAUCCAUGGUGCUACGUGGGACUGUCGGAGGACCAAUGGCGUCCUUGCAGCGAAAAGUAUUAUCCCUAUCUCCCGAGUCCGCGACCAAUUCGGCCGACAAUCGGUGAGGAUCGCUACGAUCGUCCAAACGAUCCCGGUUAUUACAGCGGCAGACACUGGCCGAUCACGUAUCUGCACCGACAACCGCCGCCCAAUUGCACGGACUCGAUCGCGUCCGCCGACAACAGCGGAAGUCGUCGUUCGAACGAAACAACUUCGACCACGAUUGAAACGCCGAGGAGCACCACCACGGUCAAGAGUGAUGAAAACACCACGACCUCGAGCAAAACGCGCCGGCGACGGUUACGAGUGCGCACUGCUAACGACACACGGAAUGAUCGUAACGCGAUCUUCUCGCGGAAAAUCGGCGCCCAGAUCAUCAUAAACAAUGCGACGCGAAUGAUUCGCGAGAAUCAGACGAGUCGAGAUCGCGCCGGGAAAAUCGAGCGAGUUUCAAGACCGACGAACACCGAACCGACGCUUACUACGCGAACCAUUCCGUCCUUCGUGACAACGAAUGACGUUGACGACCCGCAAUUCAAAGGCGCGAAAAGUAGCGACAGUAUUAUGAUCAAAGUGCCUCUAAUCGCGCCAAAUAAAUCACUGCCAGCAGCACCGGGAGCUUAGCUAUCCGUGGUGAACUCGAAUGUGUUCCCGUUAUCAGAGAAAAGAUAGGCUUUAAAUCAGAAGAAAUUACUAGAAAUUCGGAAUUAUUUAAAAAUUGAACUUAAAUUUAUUUAUUUAAAAAUUGAAAUUUAAAAAUUGAACGAGAUAAGCCGCGAAAGACAAUUCAGGAUAAAUAAAAUACAAUGCUAAAGAUAUGUUCAUUUAAGAAAUAUGAAAAUUAUAUUCAUAAUCGAAUUAAUUAACGGUAAUUAGUUUUGUAAAUAUAAAAAUAUAUGUAGAUCCAAAAUUACAGACAUGAAAUUGAUUUGCGUUAACAUCCGUGUUACCGCAGACGCGAUAUUUAAAUUAGUAUUUACUAAUUUACACUUUUACAAAACGCAUGAAUGCGCCUAAUCUUCUUGGCAAAUGAAGAUGAUAAAGAAAAUAUGCUUUAUCCGCGAAAUUGUCCAAACGACAAUUCGUCCUACCGCGAUUUAGUUUUUAAUUACAAUCAACUGAAUUAUCUUAUGUUUGAUAAUUACUUGUAAAAAGGAUUUAUACAAUAAAAAAUUAUUAUAUCACUGUA